AAGGAUCCUGAGUGGAGAACACGAGGGCCGCGGCCCGCACCGGAGAGCUCCCAGGAGGGGCGCCCCUGGUCUUUUCAGGUCCGCCGAGAGAGGGUAACCACGAAGACCUGGACCCCAGGAUCAGGUGCUACAGUGACCUGAGUCAAUGGAUUGCAGUGAUUUGGAUGUCUCCAAGCAAUUAAGAAAUGGAAAAAGAAGAAACCAUUGUGUCCCAGCAACAAGAAAGGGAAGAGAAAAUAACUGGUAAUAAGACCUCUGUAGCUGUGGCUAGUUCAGAUGUGAAACCAAAAUCAAUAAGUCGUGCCAAAAAGUGGUCAGAAGAGAUAGAAAAUCUGUACCGAUUUCAACAGGCAGGAUAUCGGGAUGAAGUUGAAUAUAAACAAGUGAAACAAGUUUCUGUGGUAGAUCGUUGGCCAGAGACAGGAUACGUGAAGAAACUACAGAGAAGGGACAAUACAUUCUAUUACUACAACAAACAGAGGGAAUGUGAAGACAAGGAAGUCCACAAAGUGAAAAUUUAUGCUUAUUAGCCUUUCUUCCUUGUGUUACUAGUCAAUUAUAUUUUAAAAAUUCAUUCCAUUCUACAUCAUGUAAAUGCCACUUUACAAAAUAAUUCAAGAUGUAGUCUUCAAUUUAAUGUUUCAAAACACAACAGCCGUGAAACUUGGUAUCUAUUAAUCACCUUGUCCUGUUCUAAAAUAUAACUGCAGAAGCAUUGAAGUUGUACCCUUCUUG